CCUCCAAGCAGAAAUGUCAAAAUGGCGUCAACGCAGGACGCUUGGUAUAUUUCUUUACUUGGUUUAGCAGAACAUUUCCGUACAUCUAAUCCUCCUGACAUAAAAAGUUGUAUACAGUGUUUACAAGCGGUAUUUAAUUUUAAACCACCCCAAAGGGUCGAAGCCAGAACUCACUUACAACUCGGAAAUAUUCUUUUGACACACACUAAAAACAUUGACUUGGCGAGAACGCAUUUAGAGCAAAGUUGGUUCCUGUCACAAAGUAUCAAUGCUUUUGAUGAUGUAAAGUUCGAGGCGGCGAGUGUACUUGCCGAGUUAUUUGAGCAGCAGGGCCAACCAACUCAUUCAAAACCAAUUCUAAGGAAGGCCAUUGAGUUAUCGCAACAUAGCGUGUAUUGGCACUGCAGAUUAAUUUUUCAACUUGCGCAAAUCCAUGCAACCGAACGGGAAUAUGAAGUUGCAAGCAGCUUGUUGGGUGUUGGGGUCGACUAUGCACAGCUCUCAAAUGCGGCAUAUACCAGAGUACUGUUCUUAUUGAGUAGAGUUAUGUUGUUGUUAAUAGACAAAAAGAUACAAGAAGUGUUGCCAUUGUUGAAUCAAGCGGGACAUCUUGUGGAAUCAUGGUCGGGAAGUCCACACCAGAAGGAGUACCUCAAAGUGUUCUUCCUUGUUUUACAGGUGUGCCACUAUCUAAUGGCAGGACAGGUGAAGAGUGUGAAGCCAUGCCUGAAGCAGCUGCAGCAGAGCAUCCAGACAAUCAUGGCACCCACAUGGCCGGAUGAUGAUGCGGUUUGCGGUAGUGCGUCCGGUGAGUCUUUCGUGUGGAUGUCGCGGCAGCAGCUGUAUGUGCUGGUGUAUCUCGUCACAGUGAUGCACUCCGCACAGGCUGGGUACAUGGACAAAGCGCACAAAUACACUGAAAAGGCACUCGCACAGAUCGACAAGCUUACAUCGAGUGGUUGUGAGGAGGGUAAGAGCGGGGGAGCUCGUAGCGGCGCGGUGCUUGCGUGGAGGCUGCGCAUGGCGCUGGUGGAGCACUCUGCGCUCUGUCGACUCGUCACCGGCGGCAAGGCUAACGCGCUGCAUGAGAUUGCACGAGCUGCACAUCUACUAGCAGUUGCACCUACUCCGGGAAGUGCGGCGGCGCACACACCGCAGCUGCACUGCCUGUUGGGCCUGUACGCGAUGUCAAUGAACUGCAUGGAGGCUGCAGAGUCGCAGUUCCACACAGCUAUACAAAUGUCACAAGAACGGGACUUAUGGAUGUUCGCAAAACUCAACCUGGCUAUUGUAUACCUAAGAGGCAGGAGAGACAAUGACUUGGCACAGUUGAUGGAGCAGGUGCGACCGGAGGCGUUGCCUGCGUACGCGCACGGCCUUCGGGCGGCCUCGUACUACGUGUUGGGGCUGCAGGCGUUCUUCCAAGCAAGAUAUAAUGAGGCAAAACGAUACCUUCGUGAGACUCUAAAGAUGGCGAAUGCUGAGGACUUGAACCGUCUGACAUCAUGUUCACUCGUGCUGCUUGGUCAUAUUUUCCUGUCCAUAAACAACUCCCGCGAGAGCAUGAACAUGGUCACCCCAGCAAUGCAGCUGGCCAGCAAGAUACCUGAUGUCCAUGUGCAGCUCUGGGCCUCUGCUAUACUUAAAGACUUAUACCGGCUGGCUGGUGACACUGAGCGCGAGAACGAGGCGUAUCAGAUGCACUGCAACUACUCGCAGGCGCUGCUCAAGGACCACUUCCAAGCGACUCAGCUGCCUCAGCACGUGCUGGUGCAGUGGACAAGUGGCCCCCCACCCGCACUGCCACCAUCGCUGCCACCACCCUCCGCACUUUCCAACCCCACAUAGUGGUCGGACCACUCACCCGCCCAUGACACUGAGUCCUGGCCCGGGUGAGAUGUAAAGCCACUGUGCGCCUUAAAGACUAACAGUGCUCUUGUAUCAGUGUCGGUGAUAUAUUGCAGUAAUCAGUGUAUCCAUGUGUCAGUUGAUUCAUUGAAGUAACCAAUUGUAUAUAGUGACGGCAACACUUAACCCACAACAUGGAGUCAUGGGCCAAUGAGAUGUAACACAGCUCCGGUGAACUUGAAUAGUGCUCCUGUGUCAGUUAUAUAUGAGUGCACCUACAUGUCAGUGAAUAUAGGACUAGUGCACAUGUUACGAUAUGAAUUGAUUGUGUUAUCAAAAAACCACUUUUAUAGUACAUACACCAAGACAGAAAAACUUAAUAGUGUGUCAUCCGAAAUAACCGGGUAAGUGCUUAGACAUGUGAGUUAUAAAAUCCCCUAUAGUACAUACAGAGUGUUAAUGUCACAACUGAAUGUGUAUAUUCCUUUUUUGAUGUAAAAUUAUUUCAGCAAUGAAGAGUUUUAUGUAUUAGGAUAUGUGUAUAUUCGUAAAAGUUUUAAUUCUAUUAAUACAUUGUCUUCAGUUUGGACAGGGAUCUUGAAAAUGUAUCAAAUAUUAUAGAUCUAUAAUGUUGCAAUGCUUAACCAUAAAAUUACAUUCAUUUUUGUAUGACUGACAAAAGGGCUUAAUUAGAGUCUCACAAUGAAUCCAUUUGCUCAACAUUACAUGACUACACUAAAUAAGACUAUAGACAUAAAAUGAUAUCUGAACUGGUGGGCAUAAACUAACUAGGGUGACAAAGUGACCCAAAAUGGACCUUACCCUCCGACAAUGAGCCCUCACUCUAUGAGCUGUCAUAAUUUAGUUUGGCUGAACAAUGGUUCACAAAGCCUUGUCUGUCUAAAUUUUCAACUAUACAAUUCCAAAUUGACACUUUAACAUUA